UGCACUAUUUUCUUUAUUUCUCUCGCUCAUGUUGGAGAGAGAGAGAGAGACAGAGAUGGGUUCUAUGAACGAUGAUGAUGCACGGCUUGUGGAAGAGGAGGGUCUUCUUCAGGAUGAAGGUAGCAAAGAAUACACAGGAGAUGGCACAGUUGACUUCAGAGGCAGGCCUGCUCUUAAGCAGAAUACGGGAAAUUGGAGAGCUUGUCCCUUUAUCCUAGGCAAUGAAUGUUGUGAACGUUUGGCUUUCUUCGGCAUUGCAACAAAUCUUGUUACCUAUCUUACCACCAAGCUACAUGAAGGAAAUCUCUCUGCUGCAAGAAAUGUCAGCAUCUGGCAAGGCACUUGUUAUCUUACUCCUCUCAUUGGAGCUGUUCUAGCAGAUGGUUACUGGGGACGAUACUGGACAAUUGCUAUUUUCUCUACGAUUUAUUUCAUUGGGAUGUGUGCCUUGACUCUUUCUGCAUCUGUUCCAGCAUUGAAGCCUGCUGAAUGUUUGGGUUCUGAAUGCCCUCCAACUACUACUGCACAAUAUGCUGUGUUGUACUUUGGUCUCUACGUUAUUGCACUUGGAACCGGUGGUGUAAAAGCAUGUGUGUCACCUUUUGGGGCAGAUCAGUUUGAUGAUACUGAUCCCAAGGAAAGGGUUAAGAAGGCAUCCUUUUUCAACUGGUAUUACUUUUCUAUCGACUUAGGUGCCGUUGUAUCAUGCAGCUUAAUUGUGUGGAUUCAAGACAAUGCAGGAUGGGGUCUUGGAUUUGGCAUUCCUGCUUUAAUUAUGGGAUUAUCUGUUGGAAGUUUCUGUUUAGGCACACCUCUAUACAGGUUUCAAAAACCAGGGGGAAGCCCUAUUACAAGAAUCUGCCAGGUUGUGUUAGCAUCUGUCCGGAAGCGAAAUCUGGUAGUCCCUGAGGAUAGUAGUCUCCUGUAUGAGACUCCAAACAAUACAUCAGCAAUUAAAGGGAGUCGCAAACUGGAGCAUAGAGAUGAUCUGAGGUAUCUCGAUAGAGCAGCUAUAGUAUCUGAAUCAGAGAUGAAAAACGGUGACUAUUCUAAUCCAUGGAGAGUUUGCACCGUGACACAGGUGGAGGAAUUGAAAAUCUUGAUUCGCAUGUUCCCAAUUUGGGCUACUGGAAUUGUUUUUUCUGCUGUUUAUGCCCAGAUGUCAACAUUGUUUGUGGAACAAGGAACUAUGAUGAACACGAGUAUUGGUUCCUUCAAAAUACCCGCAGCUUCCCUCUCAACUUUUGAUGUAACAAGUGUUAUUUUGUGGGUCCCCAUCUAUGACAGGAUAAUUGUUCCCAUUGCAAGGAAAUUUACAGGCAAUGAAAGGGGAUUUUCAGUGUAUCAAAGAAUGGGAAUUGGCCAUUUUAUUUCUGUCCUGUGCAUGUCAGCAGCUGCUGUAGCAGAGAUCAUGCGUCUGCAGCUUGCAAGAGAGCUUGACCUUGUUGAUAAACCUGUUCCUGUACCCCUUACUGUAUUCUGGCAAAUACCUCAAUAUGUCUUAUUAGGUGCAUCAGAGGUAUUCACAUUCAUUGGGCAGUAUGAGUUAUUUUAUGAGCAAGCUCCAGAUGCUAUGCGGAGUUUAUUUACUGCACUGCCACUCCUGAAUUUUUCAUUGGGGAAUUACCUGAGUUCUUUCAUUCUUACUAUUGUAACUUACUUCACCACACAAGGUGGAAAUCCUGGAUGGAUUCCAGAUAACUUGAACAUGGGUCAUCUCGAUUACUUUUUCUGGCUUUUAGCUGGACUUGGCUUCUUAAAUAUGUUGUUUUUCAUAGUUGCUGCCAAAAUGUUCAAGCAGAAAAAGACGUCUUAAGCUAGGUUGUCAGUAGCGGCCCGUAACGCUGCUAAACCGCUACCAUAGCGGGUAGCGGCGGUCGGCCGCUACAAACCGCGACGCUACGCGACAUUGGUCGUAGCGGAAGGUAGCAGUGUAGCGUAGCGGCAAUACCGCUACUCGCUACACCGCUACACCACUCCCAUGUUAGAAUUUGAUGGAGAAUCCGGAGAUGAUAAUGAUUUUCUUCAUUAGUUCGCUUCUUGUACUUGACUAUUUGACAAUUUUAUUGUUCAUUUGUGUUUAGUUUUGGAUCCUUCCUUUAUGUUCCUUGUAUUUGACAUUGAUUGUGGAAUUAUGUGUUUGAUUUUGUGUGGCUUCUUAUGUUUGAGCAUUAAUAUUAAA